GAGAAAGUUAAAUGAAGCAUAAAAUGUGUAUGAACAAAUAUAUAUAGGUUUAAGAUAAUAUAUAGAAUAGUCAAUCUGGUGCGUGAACUAACAUUUGUGAAACUUUUCAAAGGCAGUCAAUUGAAAAAAAAACAUGAAACUAAUUGCACUUUUGUUUUUAAUACUGUUAACAAUAUCAAAUAUUUAUGAAUCAGCUAAUGCACUGCAAAUGUAUGUCCAUGAAAAUCAGUGUAUUUCUGAUUUACAGCAGUUAAUGGAUGAAUGUGGAGAUGAAUACUUUUCAAAAUUUUAUGCAAGAGAACGUUACAAGAGACGUGAUAGAUUUCGGGGUUGAGUAGAAGACAUUGGAUUUUGAAAUGGAUAUUUAUGAUAACCAAUUCGGAUAGUACAUUUCCUUCUCAAAUUUUACUAGAAAUUACAUAAUACAGUUUGUGAAUACAUAUAGUUACACUAAUUGGAAAAAAUAUAUAUGAAAACUUUGAUUUCAACUAUUUCUUUUGAAGAUUUCUAAGAAGUUAAUUAGUGAGUGCAUUGACAAAUUCUAAUAGAUUAACUAGUUAUCAAGUAAAGGUAAAACACUUUGUAGUUAUAUGAAAUCUUUUAUUUGUGCGUCUUUUGUGGCUCAAUGUCUGAUUCCAGGUAGAUUGUUUCCUGCUUGUAAUCGAAAUAUACAUUUCGCUAAUUCUUGCAUAUAAUCAUCCAAUUAAAUCGUGUCAGUGAAUAACGAAAUUAAAUAAUUCAAGUACAAGAACGAAGUUUGAG